AUGCAGCCGCCGCCGUACCUGCCUGGUCCUGACCCCAACAUGGGGGGGUCUGCUGGGGCUCCUCCGGGUGGGCAGCCUGGGUACCCCGCCCCUCCCCCCACCUCUACAGCAGAGGGGUACCUGCAGGAGACCCAGUUCCACUGCACCCCCCCUCAGGGCUACACGGUCCAGACACAGGCGCCUCACCCUCCAGUGGGGUACAUCCACCCGGGAUACCCCCUCCAGCUGCAGCCCUGCACCGCAUACGUGCCCGUCUACCCCAUGGCAUCCGGACAGCCGUACAUGCCGAACACAGCGGGACACCCUGGCCUCCCCUCGGGGCAGAUCCACCCCAUGCAGAUGCCCCCCAGCAUCACUCUGAUGGACCGCAGACCCCCCCACGACUACCUGCCCAUCGCCGUCCUCACCACCGUCUGCUGCUUCUGGCCCACGGGGAUCAUCGCCAUCAUCAAAGCCGUGCAGGUGCGGACGGCCAUCGCUCGGGGCGACAUGGUGACGGCGGAGAUCGCGUCACGUGAAGCUCGAAACUUCUCCUUCAUCAGUUUGGCCGUGGGCAUCGCCUCCAUCGUCCUCUGCACCAUCCUCACCGUGGUCGUCAUCAUCGCGUCCCAGCACCAUGACGACGACUGGGAACCAUAG